CUCUCUCUCUUAGUAUUUUUUUUUUUUUUUCGGAAGAAAACCCCUCUCUCGGUGCGGUGUUCCCGGCAGUGGGAUUGCGAAAGGAAUCAUAUCCGAUGGAGGAGAUGGCGGGGGCAGCGACGGCGGCGGCGGCGGAGGAGUACCGGUACCAGGACCAAGGGAGCCGCCUCCCUUUUGCCCGCGGAGGCCCCAUCUACGUCCCCGACCUCGUCAGCCCCCUCACCUCCGUCCCCGACUUCAAAGCCUCCGUCCUCCAAGAACUCCAGAGCUUAGAAGCUGAAUUGGGUACACCGGGAGAUUUCGAUGAAGAACUCUCGUAGGGUUGAUGAACUUAGGGUUUUUACGGAGGAAGAAUUGGUGGAGAAAGCUCUCAAGGAAGAUUUUGAUGGCAUUCGGUGUAUUGAUGAUUCGUUGCAACUGUUGGAAUAUCCUAAUGGGGAGACAAUUGAUAAUACAAGUACCUCAGGGAAAGAAAUUGUCUGUUCAGCAAAUUCAGAACUUGAAACCAGCAAUAUGGGGGCUCAUGUAACUUCGAAUGAUUCUUCUGUCAUGACAUGUGAUACAGAUGUUUCAAGAAAAAAGUCUCAAGAGAAAAAGAGAAAGAAAAGAGGAAGACGCUUUGACAGAGAUAGUCGAGCUGCCGAACUAGAAGGUAGUUAUUUUGCAAAAGUGAAGCAACUUGCAAGAAUCAAGCAAAAGCAGGAUGAAGACAAAUUAGCAGCCAAGUUACAUUCAUUGAGUGACAAUUCCAAGUCUGUUCAAGGGUCAAUUUCAACUUCAGAUAAAAUUGAAAGGAUGAGAUCCCUUAGGUUCAUAACAUCUCCUGUGAAGGUGAAGUCUUUGAAAUCACGAGAACAUGUGCCAAUAUUCUACCCAGAAGUUGUUCUCUGUGUCGAGAUUUAUCACAAGAAAAACUCCUCAUUGAAGACCCAAGAAUUUCUAGUUUUGGGAAGCCAAACACUUGAUGAGUUGAGGGAUAAUAUAUAUUGCUUGACUGACAAGCUGAUGGAGACAGCAGGGCAAUUUGAUCCAUCUGGAUAUUUCCUUAUUGAAGAUACCUUUUACAAUGAUCUGAGAAAUCCGUCUUCUAUUGACUAUAGCAAACCUGUAUUCGACUGGCUUAAGAACUGCAAGAAUGAGGCAGCAGAGAAGUGGGAAUAUAUUAUGUCUGGUGAGCUAAAGAAAAAGCAAAAAGAGCUACUAGGGGAUCUGGACAUCGCCAACUUGCCCAGCUUUAAAGCAAUACAUAUGCAUAGAACUCGAUUUGCUGACCUGCGAUUUCGGUUGGGCGCUGGAUAUCUUUACUGCCACCAGGGAAACUGUAAGCAUAUCAUAGUGAUCAGAGACGUGAGAAUGAUCCACUCGGAGGAUGUACAAAAUCAGUCCGAUUAUCCUCUCCUCACGUUUCAACUCCGACCCCGUCAACAGAAAUGCUCCGUUUGCAAAAUAUAUCAUGCAACAAAGAUGACAGUUGAUGAUAAAUGGUCUCCAAAGAACCCUUGUUAUUUUUGCAUCAAAUGUUAUUUCCUCCUUCACUACAAAGAAGAUAACUCUUUGUUGUAUCCUCAUGCUGUAUUUGAUUAUUUUCAUGAAUAGUACCCUGGGCUGGUCCAUGAGUUCAGUUUUGUUGUUUGGCUGAGGAAGGCAAUUAAUGAUCAUCAUA